CAGCAGUCUCAGUCGUAGCAACACAUUAUCCUGUGCAUACGGCAAUUGUGAGAUUGAAAAAUGAACAGAGAGUUUUUAUUUCCUUUAGGAUUGCUCAACAGCACAACACUAGGAAUCACACCAUAAAGUUUUUGCAGAUAAGUGGCAACCAUGUGCCAAUAAAGAUACCUCAAUAUGGUGACAUAUGUCCUGUGGCCAGCUGUAGUCUGGACUCUGAAAGGCCUAUUGUGCUGUUGGAGGUUUUUCUGGGUAAACCCAUAUUGUGGCAUACAAUCUACACCUCGGACACCACAUGCAUGUGAAAGCGAAAUCCGCACUCAUGAGAAACACUUUACAGAAUCUGGAAGACAACACACCUGGGAGAAGUCACAUUAUCAUGAGCACAGUUGUACCUUACACAAGAGGCUAUUGAAAGCUGAGGGAGAGAUUCAGGGUCUGAAAGCUCAGCUUGCCAGUCAAAAGGCAUUAUGGGAAAUGCGGUUUAUGGAGUUGCAGAAGAGACAGCAUGAUCUAAGAGAUAAGUUGUACUUUGAGAUUGUCACCAGGUCAGGUGCCUUGCACAAGCCAAGUGAUUCAACAGAAACGAGUGAGAACGUCAGAGAUUCAGACUUGGAGAAUGGACAAAACUUUGAGAAAAAGAAGUGUUGCUGGUCCAGUGGCUUGAACAAAAUACACCAUUUGGAUAUGAAAAUACUGCACAAUGUGGCUUACUCAAACAGCUCAACCAGAUCUACAUCUGCCAUGUCUGUCAGCACAAGAUGUGGCAAUCAUCCCCUAAGAGCCUUUGUGCCCCAUUCCCCAAUGGACCUGCAGAUUGGACACAGGGUCAGAAUUUUGCUGCCUACAGGCCGGAUUAGCACUGGCACCCUGCGCUAUCUGGGCCAGCCACAUGGCUCAUCUGACUUUUAUUUGGGUGUGGAGCUGGAGCUGGCUGAGAAUGCAAAGGAAGUAGGCGCCCUUGAGGGACAAUGCUACUUUAACUGCAAGCCAGGACACGGUGCGUUUGUGUCAUUUAGCAAGCUACUACUGGCCUGGGAGUAGACAUGUCACUUAGUUCUUAUUUUUACCACUUUAAUUGCCAGGGCCGAUGAGAGGUACCUCCUUGUGAGCAUAUGCAUACAUGCAAAGAAUUUCCAUCAAUGCCACACA